CAGGUAGAACGAAACAUAAAGCGUUAUCGAGAAAACUACUGACGUCAUUGGAGAUAGCAGUUUAUACUGUAGGGAAAAUUUUAAACAUGGCUUCCGCAAGCAGGACCCGACCAAAUCUACAGCCUAAUGUGGAGCUGGGAUUCUACUGUAGAAUUGCUAAGCUUCUCCUGUCUGUGGGGACACACACGCUUCGUCAGCAGUUAGUCCAUAUUGUUGGAGACGUCGGUGCCUUCAUCCGGGAUGAACAGGUUAUAAAGAAGUUAAAAGCAGCCAAGUGUUUUUCUGCAUAUCAGUGGAAAAUAAUAGCUACUGCUGAUGUUGAUGAAUUUGAUAUCACAUUAUUAUCAGCCCUGCUUCUCAACGUUUGCAAUUUAUCAGAUGGGCAUAAGAAGUAUAUCAGAGAUAUACGCCAACACAGAAAUGAUCUAUGUCAUUCCCAUGAUGCCUGUAUCACAAAGGCAGGUUUUGACACAAAAUGGAAAAAUGUAUCCGACACAUUAUGUAACAUUGCCCAGCUUUGUUGUCCUGCUUUCCGAGACGAAAUUGAAAAAGAAAUUACAGAUUUAAAGAGCGCUCCAAUAGAUGUGAGCAGGGAUCAACAUCACUUCCAGGUUCUACUGGAACACUGCCUGAUUGAAAGGGACUUUCAACAUGGUAUCCUUACCCAGCAAACGGAAGCAAAUACAAAACUACAACAGUUAAUCAAUCACCUUAGUUUGCUCGAAAAGCGACAAGAGGCACGUCAAACGAUACAAAUACUCAAGGAGGUAAACGAUGUGAUGAUAAAAUGUGUCCAAAGUAACGAAGAUAAGUCGGCAAUAUGUUCUUUACUCAUGGAGGACAUGAAUGGCAUUAUAGAUAAUCACUUAUCAUCAUUACAAAAAGGAAUACAAGCGGAAUUACAGAGUAUAUCUAAAAGUGUUGCUGGUGCCACAGAUUUAAUACAAGAAAAUGGGCAAGAUUUGAAACGCAUGGAGAUGAAAUUGGACAAACUUUCACAGAAUAAACCGGUAGUGAACCUAAUAGAUGACGCUUUUCUAGACAUGGUAGCUGAUGGAAUAAAAAAGUUUCCCGGGAAAAUUGUGCAGAAGUUGACACCAAAAAUUCGAUUGGAAGACAAAGACGUAACCAAACCGAACAUAAAGGCAGAUGAAAAGAAGAAAUCUGAGUUGAAGGAAGAAUACCUUAAACAACACAGCCAUGAUGAACAGAUCAAAUUAGAUCACACAAUUGCUUUGGAAGUUCAGAACCAGUACCUAACGUCGGCGAUGUUAGAAUUUUCCCGAACGUCUAGUAAAAACACCGUAGAUUCUACAAAUGUAAACAAUGAAACCACGUCAGGACAGGACACAGAAAUGGGUGAGGAAUACAGAGCGGAAUUGGAAAAAAGUGUUGAGUUGGACCUUGCUCGAGGUGUUGGACCAGACACAGUGCUACUCCUGGACGCGUCUUGUAAUAUGAAACGAGAUGGAAAUUUCGCAAACAUGAUGACAUUAACAAGACAAAUUAUCCAAGGUAUUUUUGAAGAAAGUGUUCCGGAAGUUUUAGAAGAAAACAUUGCCAUAGUAACAUUUGGACGUUUAACAACUAUACGGCAGCACCUGACAAACGACCAAUACAACUGGAUGACUUGCUUAGAAGGAAUAGAGAAUAGUGGACCAGAUGGACCUGCAGAUUUAUGCAAGGGAAUACGAAUGUGUGAAGCUGCAAUACAGGUAAACAAAAAAACCCUUCAGAAACAUGGUCUUCGCAUAUCACCACGGGUAAUACUGAUAACCGAUGGAAAUAUCUCAGACCCAUCCGAUCCUUCAGAAUCAUUUCAGAAUCGAGAGAAUGCCCGGCAACAGGCGUACCGCCUCAUGGAUGCGUUGGCCAGAAACAACCAUAAAGUAUUUUGCGUGCCAUUGUGCGGUCAUGGGUCGCCUUCUUAUAAAUUUCUCGAGAAAUUGGCACACCGAGCAUCAGGGAGUGUCAUUAGGCCUGACGAAAAACAAUACAUCACAAGAUACCAUCGUAAAAUUUUCUGGGCAUUGCUGUUUGAGAGCCAUCAUCCUGGUAUCCAAGUAUCGGAAAGUUCAUAUAUUGCCGACAUACUCAAACAAUCCAAGCUUCCGUUUACUGACGAAGAAGUGGAAGAUAUGGAGGAGAUUAUAGCCAAUCCGGACGUGUUAGGCUACGCAAGAUCUAGUCCCAAAAUUGGCAGGUAUACAGACCCUCAUGACGACUUACCUCCCCUUGGUACUCGCGUUGUCCAGGGGAAGCAUUGGCGAGAGGAUGAAUUCAAGGAACACCAUUGUGGCCCGGGGACCGGGACCGUCAUUGGGCAAGACGAUGAAAGCGUUUGGGUGGAAUGGGACGGUUGUGAAGACGACACGCAUUACAAAUACAAGUAUGGUCUUAACAAAUUCUUUGAGGUCAGGGUCCAUGACCGACCACGUACUCCGGAAGAGGGCAAGGCAUUUCUGGUUGGUUGUUGUGUCACUAAAUGGAAUGAAGAAGAAGAACAAGAAGGCCUAUUAGGUUAUGGACUGGUGUUCAUCACAAGUCCAAGAUUUAAGACAUUUGGUGUUCGCUGGAAGAACGGAGCUGUCAUGUACCAUGAAUACAGUUCUGAUUUCUAUGCUCACGAAGAGUUUCCUUCUCCUUGGUGCUUUGGACCAGAACACAUGUGAUCGGACCAUGGGAAGUGGUUGGAUGUACAAGAAAAUAUCUACUUUUACUACUACUACUACUACUACUACUACUACUACUACCACUACUACUACUAUACUA